AUGAAAGAGAACGCAAAACCUUCCGAAAGGGCUCAAGAGGUUAGCUGUAAUGUUUCACGGUUAAUUGCCAAAAUGAAAAAUCCACACACUGUCGGUGAAAUACCUAUUUUACCAUCGUGCAAAGAAAUUGUACGGGGAAUGCUAGGACCAGGAGAAGAGAAGGAGAUGGUCCGAGUACCACUUUGUGACGAUACUAUCAUUAGACGAAUUGAUGACAUUUCGGAUGACAUAGAAGCAACACUGGUAGAUAAAUUACGAGUAGCUGGAAAAUUUGCAUUUCAAGUUGAUGAAUCAACAGACAUCGGAAGCUGUGCACAACUCAUAGCCAUUGCGCGCACUGUUGAUGAGAGACGCAUUAAAGAUCGCUAUCUUUUCUGCAAAGAACUUCCUCAAGGCGCAACCGGUGAUGAAGUAUUCCACGUUACAGAUGGAUAUCUGAAAAGCAACGGGAUCCAGUGGCAAAAUUGCACAAGUGUUUGCGCCGACGGAGCUGCUGCAAUGACAGGACCUAUCAUAGGGUUCCAGUUGAAAAGGGAAUUUGUAAGGACAAAAAGCCAAACAUUAAAUCUUAAACUAGAAAAACACGAGAAAAAUUGGGAACUUUCAUCAACAGAUGAAGAGAUUGAUUGCAGUCCCAAUUCAUCUGGCCACAGUUACACGGUUUUUACUACGGAAGAUGAAAAGGAAUUGGAAGUUGUAGGAGGUUCAGAAGAAAAUGACCUAGUUGCAUCUAUUUCUUAA